AACCGUGUGGUGGAUUCUUCGCCGCUGCGUACCGUUAUCGCUGGAAAGAGGUUUGCGAUAUAGCAGGUCACCUGAUUGACGGAAGGCCAGGCAUGUGACGUCUGCACCACCAUGCCCGUGCUGCCGACGCUCGCCGCGCCGCUGCUCCGGCCACAUCCGCGUCUUCCUCCGCCACCGCCCACCGCUUUCUCCUCCUCCUGGAGCUGCCAAACGAAGGGCAGGCUCUUGCACCCGGGGCUCUUCGCCACCGGCGCCGACGUCCCCGGCUGCGGAGGCACGCUCCCGGAACCAGAGCAGCGCGUCCCGCUCCUCCUCGCUGCUCUCCGCGCCGCUCGCCUCAGGGAAGAAGAAUCACGCCGCUCAGAUCCCCUUUUUAUUGAUCCAUAUGCUGCUGUGCUACUUUCACUUGAUGUGGCGCAUCAAGCUUCGGAAUCUCUCGUCUCUCCUUUAAUGCCAUCUGCAGAUCAUUAUAGGCUAACUACUAGAUAUCUUGAUGAGAAACUGCAACAUUUGAUAAGCAGGUCAGACAAUUUUAGACAGAUUGUUUUAUUGACAGAUGGAAUGGACACUCGUCCAUAUAGGCUUAGCUGGCCAAGGAUGUCUAUCGUGUACGAUGUAUCACCUGGAAGAAUCUUCAGUACAGCAGCCCAGCAACUCAGAGGAGCAGGAGCAAAAAUAUCGCGGAACUGUGUUCUGUUUCAUACUCCUUUAGAGUCUCCUGAUUUACAAGAGGGCCUGUGCAAAAAUGGCUUCAAUGGUAAUAGGCCAAGCUUGUGGGUACUACAGGGUUUACCUUUGUCCUCUUCUUCAAGCUUCAAAAGACUUUUGCUCGUUAUAAGCAAUUUAGCAAUGAAAGGGGGUAUCUUCAUAGGAGAGGUGCCACAUUUUCCAGACUGGACGGCAGCAGCAGACAUGGUCCCCGAACAAGACAGGCUGGAAAACCUUUUCUUUACCCACGGUUUCCGGGUUGGCUUUGUUCUCUAUGAAAAUGUUGCAAAGGAUCUGGGCUUAGAUCUAGCUCCUGAAAAGGAACAAUGUGGUAGAAUUCUUUUUGUUGCAGAACAGCUGCGGUUUUCAGAUGCACAGAUGGAGAGCUUCUGGACGCAUUUUGAUAGGACAGAGGAGGAUGCUGAUGAAGAAGGAUUCGAGGAACUUUAGUUCCAUAUUGGAUUGGAUGCCGUUGAGGUUUGAGAAUGGUUUUGACUUGUCGGGAAACGCUAGGGCUUUCUACGACGAUCAUCAUGCUGGUUAAUUCUUUCUAAGUUUCCAUUUGGAGAGUAAGAAGUAAUCAUCGAUUUUCAGUUGUGUGUUGUUGGUUACAGAUGUCUCAUGUUCAAUUGUGGUUCCUUAUGUAAGAUCGGGUACUUUCCAAGACUUUCACGUUGUACAACUGUUUUCCUUUGAAGAACCAAGUGCAAAAUUUGUGUCGUCUA